AUGGUGGUGUUUAUCGACUACGAUGAUGAUGUGCUCAGCACGCAUCAUAUAUCGGGCCCCUCUCAUACCCUCCUUCAUCCCUACAAAGAACCCCACACCCCCGGGUUUUCCAAGCCUUUGCUCGUUGGUUCGGGUGAUCCUCAUCACUCAGCGGAUGUAUCGGCAGACGAUGAUCGCUCUGCAGAUCCGUUACACAACAUUUCUUCUCUUUCUAAAGAACAACAGAACCCGAAUCGGAACGCUUUCUCAGCUGCUUUGAGCUGCUAUCCAAUCAUCAAGGAGAUGGCUCGUUCGGUGGACUUGAACACUCUGCACGCCCUUUCCCGAACAUGCCGUCAGUUCCACGCCAACCUGGCUCCAUAUCGCCAGCAAUUGAUCAAGCAGACCUUGCGUUGCGAGAACGAAUACAUCGAAACGCUGUCGGACAUGUUGGAUAGCGGGGCUGCUAUUCCCAACAGUGUCAAGUCGGUUCUGCGAUUGCUCAGCCAGAAUGCCAGGAGCUCUGGCCGCAUGACCAGUGGCAAGGUCGCUAAGUGUGCCCGAGACAUGGUGGCUGAGUGUCGCCGCUGUUCCAAAGUUGUAUGCCGAAACUGCAUCAUAAAGCCUCCAUCCAGCAACAUGCUCAAGCAUCGCAUUCGUCGACUCUGCACCACCUGUCGUACGGCCCCAUUAAGCGACCUUAUCGACCCAGCUUACGCGCACACACAUCCACCUAACACCUACACUUCUCCGUCCACACAUCCUCCCCGGCCAAUCGUCUCUGCAUUUCAGCGUACUCCCUGCUCCUGCAAUGAUGCUAUAUGGCUCUGCCAUCAAUGCGGACACCAAGUACGCAGCAACGAUACAACCUACCGUCGGGUAUGGACAUGGCGCACUCGAUACAGUACAUACCUUGGCGGUCUCGGUACAGGAAUUGGAGAAGGCUGUCAGGGUGUCAAGUGUGGUCGCGGAGAGGACUGCCUUGCGGCCCAAGAGAUCGAGCUGGAGGUAGAGUGCGAAGCGGACGAGGCAUCAGGGAGCCCCCCUGACUACAGCCGCUACUAUGAGCAUCGGCACAGCCAGAGUCCUCCACGCCACCUCAACCACACUGGUGACGGAUGGGACCAUCGCGAAGAAGAGGAGCCUGGCUACUUCCGACAAGAGAUCAUCGGCAUCGGAGGACGGGUCAAACAGAAAGCAAAGAAGCGAGUCACGGUCGGUGCUUGUGUGGUUGAGCAUGAGGAUGAGCGUGAAACAGGCGAGUAUCUCGUCAGAGAGGAGCGGGGGCAACACCGAAGCUGGUGUGGAUGGUGUUGGAGAGUCAUUCUGGCCAGGGAUGAGUCGUGGAGCGCUAGUUGAUGAUGCACGUCUUGGCCAGAUGGUCAUGAUGGCCGUCAUAGACUCUUGUAGCUGCCUGCCUGGUGGAUAGCAGUAUAGGAGCACUGAUAUCAACAGUAGCGAUAGAACCACCAUUGCGGUCUAAUUACCUACUAUGUAGAUACCUCCACUAUGACAUGAGAUCAUGUCUAAUUACACAUAAUAAAAUCCAAGUCCAUUCAG